GGCCCAAGUAACACUGCUGCCCCGGAGCCGCGUUGGAGGCCUCCCUUCCCAUUGAGUGCCUCUUUGCAAAGCACUGGCCCCACCCCCACGCUCACUGGUACUACUACAGAGCAGCGCGCCAUGGCGGGUGGAGGAGGUGCAGCACGACCCAAUGGACCAGCUGCUGGCAACAAGAUCUGUCAGUUUAAGCUGGUCCUCUUGGGCGAGUCUGCAGUGGGCAAAUCCAGCCUGGUCCUCUGCUUUGUCAAGGGGCAGUUCCACGAGUACCAGGAGAGCACAAUUGGAGCGGCUUUCCUCACACAGACUGUCUGCUUAGACGAUACAACGGUCAAGUUUGAGAUCUGGGACACAGCUGGCCAAGAGCGAUAUCACAGCCUGGCCCCGAUGUACUACCGGGGGGCCCAAGCAGCCAUUGUGGUCUAUGACAUCACCAACACAGAUACGUUUGCACGGGCUAAGAAUUGGGUGAAGGAGUUACAGAGACAGGCCAGCCCCAACAUCGUCAUUGCACUAGCGGGUAAUAAAGCAGACCUGGCCAGCAAGAGAGCUGUGGAGUUUCAGGAAGCACAAGCCUAUGCAGAUGACAACAGUUUGCUGUUCGUGGAGACAUCUGCGAAGAUUGCAAUGAACGUGAAUGAAAUUUUCAUGGCAAUAGCUAAGAAGCUUCCCAAGAAUGAGCCCCAGAAUGCAGCUGGUGCUCCAGGCCGGAACAGAGGUGUGGGUCUGCAGGAGAGCAACCCAGCUAGCCGGAGCCAGUGCUGCAGCAACUGAGCCCUCCUUACCUGCCAUUGCCCCAACUCCUCCACCAGAAUGACCUGACUGGAAUCUACUCUAACCAAUCGCACUUAACAACUCCGGCCACCACUGGGGGCAGGGGAAGGGCCCAUCAUGAAUCUCCGCAUAACUUUGAUCCUAGGCCGGAGAAAGUUAUUCCACCUGCACCUUUCUGUACAAAUACUAAUUCAAUUUUAAGUCUUAAGUCA